CUUGCAUCCACUAUUUUAAUCCGGUCUCCCCGGACCCUGCAUCCACUAUAUCCGCUCUCACCGGACCCCGCAUUCACUAUAUCCGCUCUCACCGACCCUGCAUUCACUAUCUGGUCUCCCCGCCCUGCAUUCACUAUAUCCGGUCUCCCCCGGACCCCGCAUUCACUAUAUCCGCUUUCCCCGGACCCUGCAUUCACUAUCUGGUCUCCCCGGACCCUGCAUUCACUAUAUCCGGUCACCCCGGACCCUGCAUUCACUAUAUCCGCUCUCCCCGGACCCUGCAGUCACUAUAUCCGGUCUCCCCGGACCCUGCAGUCACUAUAUCCGGUCUCCCCGGACCCUGCAUACACUAUAUCCGGUCUCCCCCACCCUGCAGUACACAGAACAUGCUCUCCCCGACCCUGCACACAGUACUGGAAAUGCAAUUAUUUAAGUAAAAUAUAAACUGCUAAAUACUGCAGUAUAUAGCAGUCUGGUGA